ACGGAUGUGACGUCGUUCAAUAACAUUGACAGGGCUGUAGGAAACGGGAUGAAUUUAAGGGAACUCUAAUUUGUCAUAUAACAUUUGCUACCUUGAAACAUAGGGAAUGUUAUAUACACGAACGUCGUACUUUCUAUGGAUUGUAUGAAAAAUCACAGCAUUUUCAACUGCAAGAGAACUGUCCUCGAGUGUCUAAAAAACUACGUUACUUAACGUUAACUAGGUAGCUCAUGUGUUAGCUCCUUCAAAAAAGUGACAGACGUCUGUUCGUACUACCUUCGCAGACAUUACAUCACAAUGGGGAAAGGUUGUAAAGUUGUGGUCUGUGGCUUGGCAUCGGUAGGAAAGACUGCAAUUUUAGAACACCUUCUAUACGGAAAUCACACCGUUGGUUCGGAAUCAAAUCAAACCCAGGAGGAUGUCUACGUAGCCUCAGUCGAGACAGACCGUGGAGUGCGAGAGCAGUUGCGUCUAUACGACACCAGAGGGCUCCAUGAUGGUGUUGAUCUACCCAAACAUUAUUUCUCCGUGGCCGACGGGUUUGUGCUGGUGUACAGUGUUGACAGCGUAGAGUCCUUCAAAAAAGUCGAUGCUCUAAAGAAAGAAAUCGAUAAGUCCAGGGACAAAAAAGAGGUGACUGUCAUCGUGCUGGGGAACAAGACAGACCUGCGCGAGCGUCGUCAGGUGGAGUCAGACGUGGCGCAACAGUGGGCGCGCGGCGAGAAGGUGAAACUCUGGGAGGUGAGCGUGGCCGAACGCAGCUCUCUGAUCGAGCCCUUCACCACCCUCACCAGCCGCCUUACGCAGCCGCAGAGCAAGUCCGCCUUCCCGUUGCCCGGCCGCAAGAGCAAGGGUACAACGUCCAACGACAUCUGAGCCCAAAUGCGAACUCUGGGAGAGGCAGGGGAAAGUGCUGGCAGUUGAGACCCUUAACACUAUAUACUCUUUCAGCUUGUGCACUCAGAAGCUCAACCGAACACAAUGGAAUGGCAGGAGCAUAAUGAACAGAAGAGGUUGUUGGCCAUGAUGGGCCAUCUUCAGUUGACGGUUAUCGAUUUUCAAUGUGUUCUUCGUUUAGCAAGGCUGUCGGUUGCACUCUGCUAAUAAUUGAUUUAAGAUGUCUUUGUAUUAAAUAUUUACAUCAUGUUGACAUGCCUGAGGAGGAGAAUACGUAUUAUUUACUCUGUCACCUUUCCGUGUAGAAUGCACUAGAGUAGUUAAAUCAAGCUAUAUCAUGGGAGCAGUAUCGUGGCAUUAUGUUGGAGACAUCCGUGUAACAGAAUGAGAUGAUCCUUCGUUGCCUUUGUACCUCCCCACCAUAUAAAGGUCAACAGAGCCGUUAUUGGCGGUUCUCACUUGAUGUUCUGGCAUACACCACACGAUGCAGAAAUGAUUACCCUAUAUUUGUAUUUGUGGACAAUAUACAAGCUUUACCAAAAGCAAGCUUACUGCUCAGGCAUACAAUAUAUGUAGCUACCAUGCUGUUCCACUCACAUUUGUUUGCCAUAAUAAAACAUGAUCAUGCCUUUUUUUUUCCACAGCUAUGAA